UUAUCACACCGGCCCUACUGCGCAAGCUCGGAAAGAGAGCAACGUUUCUGAGCAAAACAUCAACAAGUGGAGGGGAUGCAGGGAAGCUGAAUAUCGAUAAUCAGUACCCGAACCCGAACCCGAACCCGAACCAGCAGAGAUUCCUGUCGGUGCUUUAUUUGUAAAUGUUGUCGAACCCAUGAACUUGGCCAGUCAGAGCGGGGAGGCCGGCUCCAGCCAGCUCCUCUUCGCCAACUUCAACCAGGACAACACGUCCCUGGCUGUUGGCACCAAAUCUGGCUACAAGUUCUUCUCUCUGUCAUCGGUGGAUAAACUAGAACAGAUAUAUGAAUGCACUGACACAGAAGAUGUGAACGUUGUGGAAAGGCUGUUCUCCAGCAGCUUGGUUGCUAUCGUUAGCCUUAAAGCGCCUCGGAAGCUGAAGGUGUGUCACUUUAAGAAAGGGACUGAGAUUUGUAACUACAGCUAUUCCAAUACCAUCCUGGCUGUCAAGCUCAACAGACAGAGGCUAAUAGUAUGUCUGGAAGAAUCUCUGUACAUCCACAAUAUCCGAGAUAUGAAAGUACUGCACACCAUCAGAGAGACCCCUCCAAACCCUUCAGGUCUGUGUGCGCUGUCGAUUAGUAACGAUAAUUGCUACUUGGCAUACCCUGGGAGUGCGACAAUAGGAGAGGUACAGGUCUUCGACACUAUCAAUCUGAGAGCCGCUAAUAUGAUCCCAGCCCAUGACAGCCCCCUGGCAGCUUUGGCUUUUGACGCAAGCGGUACCAAACUCGCCACAGCCUCUGAAAAGGGGACUGUGAUCCGAGUGUUCUCCAUUCCUGAGGGACAGAAGCUCUUUGAGUUCAGGAGAGGAGUGAAGAGGUGUGUCACUAUCUGCUCUCUUGCAUUCAGUAUGGAAGGACUGUUCCUGUCUGCAUCCAGUAAUACUGAAACAGUUCAUAUCUUCAAACUGGAGACACAGAAGGAAAAGCCGCAAGAGGAACCCACAACUUGGUCUGGCUACUUCGGGAAGGUGCUGAUGGCCUCCACCAGCUACUUGCCAGCCCAGGUCACAGAGAUGUUUAACCAGGGCAGGGCCUUCGCUACAGUCAGACUGCCCUUCUCUGGGCACAAGAACAUCUGCGCACUUGCUAUACUCCAGAAGAUCCCUCGUUUGUUGGUGGCAGCGGCUGACGGUUACCUGUACAUGUACAACCUGGACCCACAAGAGGGAGGAGAGUGCACACUAAUGAAACAGCACAAGUUAGACGGAAGUGUUGAGCCAGCUAAUGAAAUUCUGGAGUCAACAACCCACGACCGUCCAUUGGUGGCACAGACGUAUAGUGCCGCUGUAGCAAAAGGAUACUCCGAGGAUCAGGGAGCAGUUGGUGGGGUUGGUCUGGAUGAUGACAUGACCUCCCUGCGUUUGGAUGAAGAAAAUGAGCAGCCUCCCAUGAUCCUUCAGACUGACUGACGUACCUUGUUACCUGUGAACUCGCCUCUUGAGUCGUAGAACUGUGACAUUGGACUCUCUUGUGCUGCUACGAACUUCUAAUGGAGUGGAAGAGAGAUUAAAAGGAGGGGGGGGGGGGGGGGGGGGGGAAUACCUUGACAUAGCCUAAUUCUGUAUCGAUAAGUAUAUACUGUUUUUUCUUUUCCAGUGGCUUUUAAAUCUUGCAGAUCUAUGCUAGCUGUACUUAAUUUUUCUUUCGCCAAAAAACAAAGAUUGAAGCUGCCCCUUGCAGAUUCUAAGCCUCUUCGCUUUGCAUGCACACAUGUGCCAAUUAUAGCAUUGAUAGACAUAGCUUUGUUUGCGUUCUCUUUCAUGGUUUCCAAAAUGACUGUCGGAGCUGUCUCUCAGAUUGGGAUGUAAGAUUUGAGUAACACUAUGAUAAGAAAUGCCAUCCCCCUAUUUUCGAGGUCAGAUUUGGUUGGCAACAUUGUGUUUAUAGUCCUGUGAAAAUUGUGAUUGCAAUAUGUUGACUUUUUUUUUGUUUUGGUUCCAAGUCGGUUGAAAAAGCAGAACUAGACAAUGGUUGGUGCUGCCGUGCAGCUGUUUCAUCAUACUAGACCUACAUAGUGGUCAUUAUCCCUCUGGGUAGUCUUCAUGGAAAACUCUUAAGAUGCUAUUCUUUUAAAAUGAAUGUCUGUAUCUGUGCUGGCUCACAUGGUCAACGGAUAUUCAUUUUGGCAUCGGACCAAGAUCAAAUACUACAGUAUACCGAAGACGAAAUCUUCACUUGCGUUUGUUCCUUUUAAACUUAUUUCCUCUAAAUUACCAUGUCGUCUGGUUCAUUGGGUGGAUCAGUUGUAGAGUGAAAUAGCAUAUGGUUAAAACAAUUGUCUUCUUUUUAGAGUGAAAAGGCUAAGUGUAUAGCCCUACCAUUUUGUAGCAGUUUGACCCUUCUUUAUAAAGAAGUUUGUCUUUUUUUUUCUUCUUCCAUUUAAAGAAUGUGCAACAGUAAACGUGAUUCAGAGGUAAAAGCAGAUUUGUAGUGUUGGAAUGAAAACUGAGCCAGUAGAACAAGCCACCUGUUCACAAGAUAUGCUUUUCUUUUUUUAUUUUUAUUUUUUUUUAUUAAAUAUAUAUGAAAUAAUGAAUUUCCUGCCGAUGAAGGUAAUGGCUGAACAUAUACAGUACCUACAGAGUAAGUGGUGGCUUACAGUUUCCAGUAAUUCUUAACAUUUGUGUUGAAAUAUUUCAGUAAGAUAAAUACACUGAUUUGUAUUGAAAUGAAAGGUUACUUCUCACUGUUUAUUGGUAAGAGUGAACAUUGUGGCUGCUGCUGUAGAUCUUGCAAGAUGGAAUAAAUGGAGACCUUGCUUCGCAGGAGAAAAGCAUAGAGGCAUAGGAGUAGAGUCCCUUGAUGCCACUUUAAAUUGUUUUCCUGCAAGUGUAUGAAACGGCUCUAGGGCAAACAUUUACCUAGAUCAUAGUUAGAUUGCGCUAACAAGUGCCACAGGUAAAGUCUGCUGUGUCUGUUUUGAAGAGGAAUGGCAAGGUGUUUUAAACUUCCAGACACCACUGAAGGCAUUUAUUUUAAAUGUCAGUACCUGAAUGUGCAUUGUUUUAUAUGAGAUAAUAUAAUGCAUAUUGUUGCUUGCUAUUCAGUAACAGAUGAUAGCUUCCUAAGCUUUUCUAAAGAGUAUUUGUGUCCUGGAUCAAUGUUAAGAACCUGUUUACGGAUGUGAGUUGUGUUUUUAUUUAUUUAUUUUUUUUAACCCUUUUGUAUUUUGUGUCAAUGGCAGAUCAUUGAAUUACAAAUCAUACAAAAAUAGUAUUUCUACAAACGUAUCUAAUUGAUUAAGCCAAAUACGUGCAUAGUGAGUGUUUAUUACUUCAUUGCACAAUCCUUGCUUUUUGCUUUCCAGUAGGAAAAAAUAUUUUAAAAUGCCCCACUUUCAUGUUUUUGAAAAAAAAAAGUGAUAAAUGUCCACAAAUGGUCAUGCAGUACUAAUGAAAGGUGUAUGUGGUUGUAGAAAUGCGUGAAAAUAAACUGUAUCGUACAUCACUUGUAUGUAUUAUAAAUCUGAGUGAAUGCAGAAUCUACCCUUUUAGAAAUUUUUGUUCAGGUUUUAAACAACCCUACUUUGUUUGACAAGGGACUUACAAUAACCAGUCUAAGUUAGGCUAUAAAUUCUCCUUGUAAAAUAACAUCGAGACAUAAAUAAAGAUCUGCCACAGAAAACAACAAAUGUGAUUUUAGCAAAAGCACAGAACCAAGGACAAGUUUACAGCCCAAUUUUAACAAGUUUAUAGCAGCUGCAAGGUCGCAGUUUCGUUCCAUUGGUAAGAUUAAAGAGUAAGUAGUAGGGUUCCGAAAAAUGUAGCUUUACCAUGUGCUACUGGAACUGUUUAAAUAACGUUCCUUUCACACUUUUUAAAGUUAUAAGUGUAAAAAGUUGUUAGGAUAUUAACAGUGGAAAGAGACAUGACAGGUAUUUUACUUAGUUGUAGCAACACAUGGGGACGUAGAAUUACAUUUUUCAGGACACCCCUACUUACUGUUCAAGGGUUCUCUUACUAUUUGUAGUGAUUUGAAAACUUGUAUUUCUGUCUUGCCAAGGCAGACAUUGAAGGUGUGUGUGUGUUUUACAUAAAACAAAGAGUACAACCUUUUUUUGCAGUUGCAUGUAAAUGGAUGGGGAAAAGAAAGACGUUUUAAAGCUGCCCUUUUGUUUUUAAUGUCAUAAGAUGGUAGUUAACCUGAUUCAGGUUGAACAGUUUUAUUGCAAGAGGGUGUAAGAAUGGGAUAGAUACGCAUAACUGUGUGUGUAACUUGUUUUCUUAAGCAGCAUUCUGUUCAUAAAUCCAUCUGAUCUGAAGCUGUUUCUGGGGGGGUGCUGUGCCUUGGCAUGUGUUCAUUGGGGAUGAGAUGAAACCUGCUGUAUUUAUGCUGUUUACCUUGUUUUUUCUGCAGUGCUUGUGAAAUGACAUUAAACGACUGUUCAUAAAACAAAACACAUUCCACAGAAUGAACUGUCAAACUGAGAAUUCAGUACUAGAUGGAUUUUUUUUCAUGUAAAUAAAAGAAAGUUGAGUGUGA